AUGGUGAAGAAGGUUCUACUAUUGAGCUCGAAAGCAGGGCGCGAAGAGAAUCUCCUGAACCAAGUGCGAGAGCUCUUCUCAACGAUCCUCCAGUUCCGCGAAGCCACAGACGACUUCUACAACUUCUGUCUCUCCGAAUCGGCGCGUCGCGAUGCGGCGAGAGAUUACGAAAGGGGCAUCUACACCGGCGCCGUGCGGGACAGCCGGCCAGAGGCGCUGCCCGACAUCCUGGCGCGCAUACACGAAUACGGCUCCUCGUUUUCCGAGCGGGUACAAGCGAUCGUGCUGGGCCUGCAGAGUCACUCGGACCUCGACUGCCGCUUCCUCGGCGUGCGGCUCUCCUUCUCGGACUUUUACAGGUCGCGCCGCGAGCAGGCGCAGUCGAAGGCUUGA